AUGGGCUACUAUCAAAACUGUAGAGGUCUAAGAACCAAACUUGGUCUUUUUAAAUGUAAUGUUGCUGUGUUUAAUUAUAUUUUCAUUUGUUUAACUGAAACGUGGCUUACUAAUAGCUUCCAUGACACGGAAUUAGGUUUACACAACUAUGUUGUAUUUAGGUGUGAUAGAAGUAGUCAAUCCAGUAGUUUCAGUAGAGGAGGUGGAGUUCUCGUUGCCAUUCGUAACGAUGUGGUCCAUAACUUGUUACCUUCACUCAUUAACAAUGUUGAAUAUGUAUUCGUUAAAUUUUAUGUAAAUAAUGCUGCUUAUAUUGUUUGUUCCGUGUACAUUCCUCCUAGUAGCCCUAUCCCAGUAUAUGAGUCCUUUAUGUCUGCUGCUCAAUAUAUUAUCAACGCUAAUCCUGGUUUCGUAUUUAUAUUCUCUGGCGAUUUUAACCUUCCUGACCUAUCCUGGUCUAAUGACGAUUUUGGCUUAAUUUAUUCUUCCUCUGGUCCUGCAAUCCACUGUGUUCCUGACGUUUUCGCAUAUAAUAAUUUUUUCCAACUAAAUCUCAUACCCAACUCUAAUAGCAAUUUCCUUGAUCUAGUUUUUUCCAAUGAUUCUCGGAUCAAUAUUGAGAAAUCCGUUACUGGGGUGAUUCCUUGCCAUCCUUACCACCCUGCCUUAGAUAUUAUGCUUACUUUUGUUGAUGACUUACCUUCUAUUGAUAGUUGUCAUAAAUAUUAUAAUUUUCGUAAAGCCUGUUAUCCUCGUAUUAGUGCCUUCUUAUCAUCCUUUAACUGGUUAGAAACCUUAGCAACAACCUAUAUUGAUUCUGCUACGUGUGCAUUGUACGAUCCAUUGCAUUUCUGCGUUACAAGCUUUGUACCUUUAGUUGUUUUCAAACCUUCUAAAUUUCCAUCCUGGUUCUCUAAAAAUUUUAAGAACAUUGUUUUUGCCAAGAAAAAAAUGCACGCUAAAUACAAAGCAUCACGUAACCCUGUUGACUACAACAAGUUCUCUAACCUGCGUGCUCAGUAUAAGUAUUAUUAUAAAAAAUGCUAUAAAACAUUUCUGGAUAACACUGAAAACAUGCUUAAAGUUAAUCCUCGUUUAUUAUGGGACUUUGUACGUCUAGCAAUGGUAUUCCCAACUCUGUCCACCUCAAUGAUCAAAGUGCCACUGAUCCUGAAUCCAUCUCCAGUCUUUUCUCAUCUUACUUUAACUCAGUCUAUUUGUCUUCCUCAGCAAGUAGCCUACCUGUAA